AUGGCUUCACCUUCGCUUCUAGACGUGGAGCAGCGCAAUCGCCUCCCGACGCUCUAUGAAGUCCUGAGUCGCCGGACGCUCGCUCCCGUCGAUCUCUUCUCGUUCUACAUCUACAUGCGCGAUCAGCAACGGUCGGUCGAUUAUCUCGACUUCUGGCUGGAUGUAUCGCAACACAUGUCCCUCUGCCGUCACUAUGUCCGAGAAUUACGUCGCUCUGUUCUGGUGGCCACGCCAGAACUCGAAAAGGCUGAGAGCAAAGGAUCAUCGGCAGCAGUAUUGGACAACAUGGACACAAUGGGCGACAUCCCACUGGUAGAAGCUGGGCCUUCAAACACGCGCAACGAUCUUCCCGACGAGAAGCACGCAGAUCAAAGACUGUCGGCGUUUCUGCGCCUUGACGGUCACAAUACCAACGGAAACUCUACGGAAGCCAGCCACGAAACCGACAACCAUGGACGAAGUGCGUCAGACGAACAAGCUCGUGAAAGUUCCGAAACACAAAAUGAUUCGAAUUCGCCAGGGCACACGGUAGCGCGCGCCGACAUCCGUGCUAGUGCAGAGAAGGUCCUCUACACAUACUUGUUACCUGGCGCGGAACGAGAAAUUGUACUACCGGACGAAAUGGUUUCUACUAUUAUCAAUCUGGUUGAAGACGAUGGCAGAGACGACCCAGAAGUGUUUGACCCCGCCAAGGACUAUGUUUUUCAAGCCAUGGAACGUGAUGCUUUCCCAGGUUUCUUGCAGGCCAAGGCUCUGGGGAAUCUUGUACCAUUGUCGAUUGUUUUCCGUCUUGCCUUAGCACUCAUCAGCUUUGGUGGUGGCUUCUGGGGCGCCUUCUACGUUGUUCUCAGGCCCAAGCCACGGCACAUUCGUUGCUGGAUAAUUUUACCAUUUGUCGUGGCCGUAUAUUUCAUCAUCACUUACCAGUACAAGCUCGACCCGGUCAUGGCCCUCUUAGGGUACAGUGAAUACACCUUCAUGAACUGGGCACCGAUCCGCGAGCCCUACGUCCGGAAACUCCUAAAUAAGCGUUCUACCUCAGUGCUAUUUAUCGGUGCUUUCAUCGCUGCUGCUCUGAGUGUACUAUUCAUUUUCGUCCCUGGUACCUCGCUCUGA